UGCCGCGAAUGUGCAGCUCGCGAGCCGUUUGCGAGCUGCGCGCGUACAAUUUUGUUCGAGCGCCGCUCCUGCGCCGCCCGCGCGCAGUUCACGCGCAACCUAAGCGCCGUACGCGAUCAGCGCGCGGGCGGCGCGCUAGCGGCUCGCGUCUUCCUUCCACCCGCGUCUCAAUCCCCGCACCCCUUACCCGCUCAGUUCGUUUCUGAUUAUUGGAGGUUAAGUACGUGUUGUCAUGGAGUGGACGGAGGAGAACUGUUUACGCUUAAUUGAAACAUAUAAAAGAUUUCCAGUUUUGUGGGAUCCUAAAGAUCAAUAUUACUAUAGAAAAAAUGUAAAAAAUGAUGCGUGGAAAGAAAUUGGUGCUAUAAUGGGAAGCGAUUAUGAACAAUGCCGUAGCAAACUGUUAAGUCUUUUAUCUUCUUUUAGAAGAGAGAAAGGAAAAAGUCAAAAAAGUAAAGGGACAGGGAAAGGUGCAUCCGAGACUUACAAAAGUAGAUGGUUUGCCUAUGACGCUUUUUCCUUUUUAGCUGAUCGGGAUAAACCAAGGAAACGUAUAAAUACUGAACAGGCAGAUAUAGAACAAGAUAAAGUGGAUGAGCGACAGGUACAAGAUGAUGGAAUAAAUACUGACACUGAAAGCGACCUGUCUUUUAUUGAACCUCCGCCGUCCAAAAAGAAAAAAUCGACGGAUGAUAAAAUCGUAACUGAAGCCCUACAAUGUUUAAAGACUGCUACAGAAAAAUUGAGCGAUAAUUCCAAAUUGUCACAAGAAGUACAUUCAUUUAUAAAUUUUAUUGGAGCCAAAAUGGAAUCUUAUUCACGUUCAACAAAAAAUAUGGUUCAACAGGCAAUAUUUGAUGUCAUAAUGAAAGCUGAUUCUGGGUACUAUGAUUAUCAACCAAAUAUGCAAGUGUCAACGCAAGGUUAUACAACUUAUUCUCAAAGUGCUUCUACGUCCAGACCGCACAGUCAGGAAAGUAAUUAUUCGGCAGAAGAUACGAAUGACAGCUACAGUGAUUUGUUUCAAUAAUAACUACUUUCUUUUUGUAAACUUAUAUGUUGCUUAUAAAAAAGGCUAUGUGAUUAUUUAAUAAAGAUAAUUAGAAAAAUACUCACACGUACGUUUUCCUUUAAACACUUGAUAAUCGCCAAACACACUUCAGGAAUAAUAAUACUUAUACUUUGCUUAGAAAUUCUAAAAAGGUACUGCAAGCUUGUGUAGGAAUCUCCAGUGGCCAAGAAUCGUAAUGUCAAACUUAAUUUAUUUUCAACUGAAAUUGGUAGCCUAAAAUGCGUUUCCUUUUUAGCAAUCUUGAAACUAAGCAUGUGUAGUAGAUUUUCAUAUAAUUCUGGUGACAAUUUUAAAAAAUUUGCAUAGUGGCCGCUUAAUU